AGAGAGAAAAUGGGGAAAUAAUUUAUUUUUUUUUUGAAGGAAAUAAUAUAAAAAGGAUGAAGAGAGAAUUUAAAUGGUGGUUCAAAUUUUUUUUUUAAUGUAGGAUGUGGGGCAUGGAUUGUUACUGUACUACUGUAGCAAGUGGAUACUGUUUUAGCGUUUUGCACGGGGUGUACAGUGUACAGGACCGGUCCAGGUCCGGUCCGAUUUUGACCCUACACUAGGGUAGGCUGAACAAUAGGCUCAACAAUUAAAAAAAAAAACACCUCAACUUCAACUUCAGCAAAUAUUCAGCCCAAAAAAUUGCAAAAUAUGCAAACGUUAAGCUGUUCUUGUUAUCUCCCCCAUACUUUCCCUUGCUAUAAAAAUGGCGGCACUCUCAAUCUUCCAUGGAAAAACUCCUCUCUUAUCCUCUGUAGUCCGAUUACCGAUUUCACCGCCAUUAAAGCUUCUUCUUCAGCUUCAAUCGACAGCUUAGAUGAAGAUGAUGGUGAAAAAGGAGAGAGAAAGACUAAAGAUGCUGCGAAAGCGUCAGGAACAAGUGCUAGAGGAAGACGGCUCGUCAAAUUGCGUGAAGAGAAGCACAGAAGAGAACAUGACCGCCUCCAUAAUUACCCUUCUUGGGCUAAGGUUUUAGAAGAUGCGUGUAAGAAUGAUUUAGAGCUUAGAGCAGUUCUUGGGGAUAGUAUUGGUAAUCCUGAACUCAUGCGCAAAAGGGUUGAGGAAAGAGUAAGGAAGAAGGGGCGAGAUUUCAAAAAAUCCAAGACAGGCUCUGUCCUUGCCUUCAAAGUCAGCUUUAGAGACUUCAAUCCUCUAGACUCGUACAUCUGGGUGGAACUAUUUGGAUCACCAUCCGAUCGGGAUGUCGAUCUGUUUGGAAGUGUUAUUCAAGCUUGGUAUGUAAUGGGACGCUUAGGGGCUUUUAAUUCCUCAAAUUUACAGUUGGCGAGUACCUCAAUGGAGUAUGACCCCCUGUAUGAUGCUGACAAAGCUCUUAAAGUAAUGCCUUCUUCAUUCCAUGAUAUUAGUGAUGUUGAAUUUCAGGAUAACUGGGGGCGAUUUUGGGUAGACCUUGGAACAGCUGAUGCUUUUGCCAUCGAUGUCCUGCUGAAUUGCUUGACUGUAUUAAGCUCAGAGUAUCUUGGUAUCCAGCAGGUAGUUUUUGGUGGUCGUAAAAUGGGUGACUGGGAAGAAGGAAUGACUAAUUCUGAGUUCGGUUACAAGUACUUUAAGAUAUGAAGUGGAUUUAGUUUUCCGGGAUCUACACCGACGAGGGUAUAAUAAUUAUGCAGAGAGCGAUAAGAAGACGGUAAAAAAAAGAAAAAGAAAAAAAAAAGGAUAAGAAGAUGGUAAAAAUCCUCAAUAUCAGGAACACCGCAUCAUAUCCUGAACUAAGAUCUCAUCAUCUUCAUCAUAAGGUGUGACCAGAGCCUUGUUAGCUUUGAUUGGCAAGAAAACACCUACAAACAACAGCUCUUAUCAUAGGGUGCUUAAUCCAGAAGGCGUUGCAUUGCUUGACAAGACUUUUUUGCUUUGGAAGCUGCUGCCGGUCAAAUCUUCAUUGUACGGACAGAGAAGCAAAUGUACUCAAGCUAUAGACGUGUUUGUCAAAGACAGUUGAACCCAUCCCCAGUCCUCAAGCUUUGCUCAUGACAAUUAGAUACUAGAAUCUCGUAGUAAUAUGAUAAUAUCUAAUAUUGGUAUAAUAUCUUCUCCCGUUAAAUAAUUUGAUGCGCUUCCUGUACUUCACCCUGUCUGUAGAUGAAUUUGUAACUAAAUUUGAUGCUAGGUCAGCUAGUAUGUCAUUUAUUGUAUAGUUAAAAUAUCCAAAUUUUCUCUAGUUUGAACACCUUACACAGUAUAUCAAAAUAGCUUCUGAAUUCUGAAA